AUUUUUCUCUAGCGUUAUAUUUCGGCAGUCGGCUAAAAAUACACUUUACGUCAUCAUGAUUUUUUUAACAAUUGAUACUAUUAUCACAGAAUACAUAGUAGAGAUUUAGGGAAUAUAAUCGCUUGACAGCACUUAUGAAUGCUUAGGCUUCAUACAUACUUUUAUCUAAAAAUAGUAUCGCCCCAUUAUUUUUUAAGUUAUUGUGGUAAAUAAAAAUGGGUUUCGACGAUGGUAAAAUAGUUUUAGACAGCCCCAACGGCGCAUAUUACACGGGUCAGACCGUUCAUGGACGUCUUAUAUUCGACCAAAACAAAGUGAAAAAAUUUCGAGGUAUCUACGCCAAGUUUAUCGGUUUUUGUAAAGUCUCCUGGACGACGACAGAAACUCGUCGAGUCGGUGAUAGAGAUGAAACUUACACAGUGGUGCAUGAAUCAUAUGAAGAAUACUGUAAUAUGAAAAUUUAUCUAGUCGGUGGCGAAUCAGGAGAACAUCAUAUUCAGCCAGGCCAUUAUGAUUAUCCAUUCGUUUUUCAAAUUCCCGGUAACUGUCCGUCCUCUUAUGAUGGUGAAUAUGGUGACAUUAGAUAUGAGAUCAAGGUGGUUGUGGACAAAGCAUUUCAGUUUGAUCAAGAGAAAACAGUCCAUCUUCGUGUGAUAGCUCCCUUGGAUCUUAAUCAGAAUCCGUAUUGCAAGGAACCCUUAGAAAUGGAACUCCACGAUGUACAUUGUUGUUGCUGCUUCAGUUCAGGGUCAACAGAAACUGUUGUCAACGCUCCCCUAUCCGGUUACUGUCCGGGGCAAAAGAUUUCCCUCGAAAUAACCAGUGCUAAUAAGGGCACUGUGGAAAUAGACACCAUUAAAAUACGUCUCAAAAAGAAAAUAGUAUACACUGCAACACACGAACCGGAUACAAGACAGGAGAAAGAAAUUGUUGCGGAGAUCAAGAAAGGCCCCAUACCCGGCAACACUACUCGCAACUGGUCGCUCGAGAUGGAAGUUCCCGCUCUUAAUGUUUAUAAUUUAACAGGAUGCAGCUUCAUUUCGUUGACUUAUAAACUUGAGGUUGUCGUUUCCCCUGAUGGAUGCUGCUACAGCGACUCUCAUCAGUCACGUCAAAUUAUCAUUGGAACAAUUCCUCUAGUUGGUUUCCAGGAUGAUGUAGUUAACCCAUUACAAGACCAAAUGCCUCAGCCGGUUGCACCCAUAACUCAACAACCAUUGUUUUCUGCCGUGACCAGUCCUUCCCCUCAUAAUAAUGCCCCUUACCCAAAUAAUUUGCCGUACGAAAAUUACCGAAAUUCUUCUUAUCAAGUUACAUCUCCACAGAUAAACUCUAACCCACCGUAUCCCACUAACGAUUCGUUUAAAUCGGCUUAUGGUACUAAUAACCCACCAUACCCCCCAUCUAACUCAUCUUACUCUACAAACGAUGUUUCCAAAAUGCCUUACCCAUCUGCAAACCCACCUUACCCUGUCAAUUCCCCUGGUUUUAUUAAUCCGCCUUACCCAAUAAAAGAUGCUGCAACCUCGCCUUACCCUUCUGGAAACUCGCCUUACCUUGGUGGAACUCCUAGUGCAUCGAAAUCGCCGUAUCCACCAGCAAGUUCACCUAACCCUAAUACCAGUGCAAAUCCACCUUACCCCAACGUGACCCCAUUCCAUGAUAACCCCCCUCCAUACCCUGGAAGUAGUUCUCCUUUUCCUACCCAAAAGUCCCCGAGCCAAAUGGGAUCUCUGCCCGCUCUGGUACUGGCAAGUGAUGGAAGAUUACUGAAGACUGGUAACGUUGGCUUCGUCGUCCAUGGCAGCGACACGGGAAAUACACCGUACCCAGGGGCCACUACUCCUCUCCUAGCUUCGCCAGCCGCAAACCCAUACCUCACUGCUUCGGCUCCGGCUCUUGAUUCUCCCGAUAUUGAGAAACAAUAAAGUUAUAUAUACUGAAGACAAUAUUAAAGACAAUCUUACUUAUUACAAUAAAAGAACAAAUGGUAAAAA